CAAGCGGCUGAGAAAAAUUGGCGACAGGAGUUUGUUUGGAGGUUUUGAACUGUUAAGAGGACUCUUGGUCAGCCGUUUAUCCAGCAAAAAAGGGCAAGAAAAAAUUCCCCUCUAACCAGCGAUUGAAAAUACGAGGUCUGCUUUAUUUUUGUGGUCUUCCCAUUUUCUGAUUGGGAACCCUGGUGUGGGAUGGAUGAUCUGCGGCCUAGCAGCGGAGUUGCAGCGGGGCUUGCGCCGCUCUUCCCCCCGGGUUUGCAGGCAAUUUACGGGGAGUGCAGGCGGCUGUACCCCGACCAAGCGAACCCGCUCCAAGUUACAGCUAUUGUCAAAUAUUGGUUGGGAGGCCCAGAUCCGUUGGACUACAUAAGCAUGUACAGAAAUGUUGGUUGUCCGGCUCAGGACGUGCUGGAGCACUGGCACUACAUCAGUCUGGGGCUCAGUGACCUGUAUGGGGACAACAGAGUGCACGAAUUCACAGGUCCAGAGGGCCCUAGCGGUUUUGGCUUUGAGCUAACUUUUCGGCUAAAGAGAGAGGCAGGGGAAACAGCACCCCCCACCUGGCCAGCUGAGCUCAUGCAGGGUUUGGCCCGAUAUGUCUUUCAGUCAGAGAACACAUUCUGCAGUGGGGAUCAUAUCUCGUGGCACAGUCCCCUGGACAACAGUGAGUCCCGGAUCCAGCACAUGCUCCUGACGGAGGAUCCGCAGAUGCAGCCUGUGCAGACUCCCUUCGGCCACGUCAACUUCCUGCAGAUUGUGGGUGUGUGUGCAGAGGAACUGCAGGCUGCACAGCAGUGGAAUGGUCAGGGUAUUCUGGACCUGCUGAGGGGACUUCACGUUGCGGGUGGUCCAUGGUUAAUAACUGACAUGAGGAGAGGAGAAACGAUAUUUGAAAUUGAUCCACACUUGCAGCAGGACAGAGUGGAUAAGGGCAUAGAGACAGAUGGCUCUAACCUGAGCGGCGUGAGUGCUAAGUGUGUGUGGGAUGAUCUGAGCCGGCCGCCAGAAGACGAGGACGACAGCCGAAGCAUCUGCAUCGGCUCUCAGCCACGCCGCCUGUCUGAUAAAGACACAGAACAGAUCAGAGAAGCCCUGAGGAAAGGCCUGGAGAUUAACAGUAAAUCUGUCCUGCCACCCAUCAGCAGUCAGAGACAGAGUCACGACCAGCCACAACAAUCAGUUGGACAUUUGCAGAGCCACCAAACCUCAAGGAGCCGUAAAGACAGUCUUGAGAGCGAGAGCUCGGCUGCGAUCGUCCCACAUGAGCUUGUUCGAACUCGGCAGCUGGAGAGUGUUCACCUCAAAUUUAACCAGGAAUCUGGAACUCUCCUACCACUGUGUCUGAGGGGGCGGCUGCUUCAUGGGAGGCACUUCACGUAUAAAAGCAUAAACGGAGACACGGCGAUCACGUUUGUGUCCACGGGAGUGGAGGGAGCUUUCGCUACAGAGGAACAUCCCUACGCUGCUCACGGACCCUGGUUACAGAUACUGCUCACUGAAGAGUUCGUUGAGCAAAUGUUAAGGGACCUUCAGGACCUGGGUUCUCAUGACGAGAUUAAGCUACCGAAGGAGUACAGCUGGCCUGAUAAGAAGCUGAAGAUCUCCGUGCUGCCUGACUGUGUGUUUGACAGUCCUUUACAGUGACCCUGUAGGGCCUCAAUCAGAACACGCGCACACACACACCAACACACACACAUUAUACAUGUCACUAUGGUCACAUCAACACUGUAGCUGGGUACAACAGCUAUGGACAGGACGACCUCUUCUUCUAUUUUUCCCCCAUCCACCGUCCCCAUAUACCACUUCCAUUUGAACGUUUGUUCUCUUUCACUUAGAGAAAAUUUAAGUUGUUUGUUGUUGUUGUUGUUGUUUUUUUUCUUUUUAUCUGAUCCCUGGUUAUUCCUCUUUGUCUGUGGACUAGGUUGCUGUUUUACCCUUUUCUGCCCGGGGUAGAGACAGGUCAUUGGCGUUACAUGUGAUUCACCCCUAUGUGGAUUUAGUUCACUUUGAGAUUGGAUUUGUUAAUCUCGGAGUCCUCCAGGCACAACCGUCAGUUUCCCCCUACGUAUCUGUUUUUCUGUAUAAUGGUAUUUAUUUGGAAUCAUAGUAUGCUUUACUGAGAAAGAGAAGUCUAAAUGUGUGAAGCACCUCUGUGGAAAACCUUAAUAUGAUUUUAGGUAUAUUUUUAUUUCUUUUAUAGUAUAUUUCAAAUGCAGAAGACCAGCCAUGCCAGUAUUCAUGCAUUGUGGAUCAGAUGCCAAAUUUAGCAUUGUAGUGUCAAUUCUCAGACAGACAUACAAAAAAAAAUACAUAUAUCAGAGCAACAAACUGUUACAUAUCUGCCAGCAGAAAUGAUUAGUUUUUGUCAUUAUGAGAGUACAGUCCUUCAAACAGUUAAAAAAAUUACCAGAAACAUUCAUGUUACAGAAGUAUAAACAUGUCAGUGAAGCUACAGCUGGCAGAGUUGCUCUAAUUUGACAAUGUCAAAUUCUGUUUGAAAAAUGAUUUUGAUUGUCAAUGAUAUUCUCUCUCAUUAAACAAUGCCACCACUUAUAACAAAAUAUGAUUAAAAAAAACAAGCUUUCUUUCCUUUGCCAGGAGGAACUAAAGCAUGAUAAUUAAUUAUGGUUACAUUAUUGUUUUAAUUAGUUGGGCUCACUGUUUGUCUUUGUUCUUUGGUCAUCACUGUCUGGUUUGUCAAGUUAAUAGGUUCUUCUUUCACCAAUUCAAAUUAGUUUCUCUUAAAUAUUUUUUUUUCCUGCAAGGAAUCUCAUUAUGGUCGAACCGGUGAGUUAAAGUUUGCUGUUCAGUCAAAACCCUUGCUCAACAGAAUCUUCACUCUACACAUCUGCAGAACCUUUAGAACUGCUGUGCCCUCCUCCUGAAGAACCUGCAAACUACAACAUCCCCAAAACUCUAGAACCCUCACACAACAGAAUUUUCAGAACCACAGAACUACUCCACAGAAGGCCCACUUUUAAGACACCCUCAGGACGACUGAGCCCUACUUUACAGAGCUCCCUUAACUACAGCCCCACCCACUCUGCAGAUCUCUCACUCCCGGGGUCCCACACCACAUUACAGUGGACACUGAAUAAUAGAGGCCCCAGUCUACAGAACUGCUGCUGGUCAUAAUCUUCUCCUCAUCUGACCCUGCAAAAAGCAGAAAAACACACUACAAACAUGCAAACUGUACUUUUUUUUUAAAAAAAUAUGAGUUCUGUAUGACUUGAGUUCAGACACCUCAGAAUUAUCCUCAUUUACAAAAUGUAAACGUGCCUAUUGUAAAGGGGGAUCAGUCAGUUGAACCUUCUGACUGACGCUUUUCUCGAUUUAGUUCAACAGACACUACUCGAUCUGUGACUACAAACACUUCAGUACCAAAGUCAGUAUUGGACCAGCACUCUUCAGUCUUUCAUGUCAAGCAGAUUGGAUUUUAUAAUCUGUAAGGAAGAUGCAUCAAGAUGUUGCUCUGUCUGAUUUCAUGUCAUAUUCAUUGGCCUCAGAUACAUUUCUGUCUAAAUCCUGUCAUAGCAUUCCAUACAUGUGUGAAGA